AUGACUACUACAACGAGUUCGACAACAACAACUACUACGUGUCAAUCUCUUCUUGACUUCGACACAAUUGGCACAAGUUAUACACCAGUCCCAAACGGUUACGGAUGUUUUCAGUGGAGUGGUGCAACAGUGUUGCAAUAUUUAACUUUCGGUACUUUGAGUGGGUAUAAUACGGCCGUAUCAAGUGUUCCAUUCGUUAUAUAUACAUCAACGACACUCACAAUGAGUAUCGUCAAUGCAACAUUUACAAUGAAUUCAUCUAUGGCAGCAUCAGCGUGGAAUGAUAAUUUAAAUGUUUCUAUCAGUGGUCUGCUACAUGGUGUAACUAUGCAAGCAACGAGUUUAUUACUACAAGUAUUUACAAAAACAAACAUUACCUUGAACUGGUCUGGCAUUGACACGAUGACUUUAACUACAGGUGGUGGAACACACAAUACAAACGUAGGCGGCACCGGAGAAUUCGUUGCAAUUGACAAUAUGUUAGUGGCACAUUAA